AUGCCACCUCAAUUCCUAUUCGUUAAUAAGGAUGCCGGCAGUGCAUCCUUGACACGCAGCAACUCUACAGAACAAUCGUCCAUUAAUUCCCACGUCCAGAGGGGCCGAAAGCACAAUCGAUCCGCCUCCAGCCGUGGGCGGUAUAACCGCGGAUCCAGACAAAGCUCGGCUCGAGAGAGCUUCAGUACCAUGGUCGAUUCAUCUGAAUCUGAUGUGGCCACUAUAAGCUACGAUUUCUCCGGCCUGCCAACGAACAAAGAGUCAAGUGAGGAAUACGAUGCCAUCGAAUCAUCGUUGCCUUCUCGACCUCGCUCGCACAGCCAACGUCGGCGUCGUGGCCAGUUCGAAAAGUUUCAGCCGAAGAGAACUCUACGUAAGAGCAUCGAUGGGUCCCGGAGAUACGAGCUUUUUAAGGACUCAAAGAAGGAUGGAAAGUCGGUUGUACUUCUGAAUUCCGCGCAUCUUUCCAACUCUCCAAGAGACAUCACCCAGAUUUCGAGCACAUCUCUCGAUCCAUUUUCUCAGUCGGUGGUCAAGCUCGACGCUCAUGUUGCCAAACUGUGUUGGUAUUUCUGCGAAAAGUAUCAUCCCAGUGUUUGGAGCGCCGAGAGUCGGACGUCUCCUGGCGGCUCGUACACUUAUCAACAUUCCGCGCCGGCCGUGAUUCGACGUGCAAUGCAGAACGAGGUGGAGAUGAAUGCUAUUCUCGCCUGUAUGGCUGCCAGGAUCGAGAAUGUAGACUCGAUACCAGGUCAAGGUACUGACAAAUACAUGGGGAACGCUCUUACGGCUGUGAGGCGCCGCUUUAGCUCGGCAUCGAGACAUCAACUGCUUCUGAUCAUCUUCCACCUCUACGCAGGAGAAGCAUACCGGCAGAACUAUACCGCAGCUAAAAUACACAUGCGAGCAGCGAAGGCAUUGUUUGCCUCUUGGGGCGGCCUCGAUCAGAUCCCCGAUCCCUGUGUGAAGGAGCUUUUCAUCAUCGGUGACGGACACGUGUCGGCCGUUCUCCUGGAGCCUUGUGAUCUCCCGUGCGAAUAUGAUCCUGGCUCAUACUGGAGUGUCACGCCGCCGGCACUUCAAUUAGCUCAAGCUCCAGAUCUCACCAGUAUCGCCCCAGCCCUCCUGGAUAGGGUUACCGCUGGCGAUUUUCCGGACGACCUAGGACAGGUGAUUCAAGAGACGGCAGAAUGUGCCUGGGUCCUACGCCACGCAGCAACAGGGCCGGCAGACGCCACCAAACAUGCAGCUAGAUGGCUACAAUGGCGGCAUGCAGCUAUCAGGCAUCGUCUGUUGUCUAUGAAGCCAUCAAACCCGUGCCACGACGCUGUGCGGGUUGCUCUUAUCAUGUGGAUUCUUAUUUCGAUGGUGCUGUUGGGUCUACAGAGAUUGGGAUGUCUGAUUGCUCCGAAACUGCGAGCAAUAUUACAUCGACAGGCUUGUGCCCUGGCUCGGUGGGGAGAUUUGGUCGAUGUGAGGAUGUGGGUUCUGAGCGUCGGGGCCAUGUGCUCCUCAAUUGGCGGAGUGGAGGAAGAAUGGUUUCUGGAUCAGCUGCUUGCGACAGGUUUGGCAGAGCAGAUCCGACAGUUUCGUUCCAAGCAUCCAAAUUUGGCGACGAUCGAUAUUUUGAGGACAUUUCAGGAGAGGUUCUUCUAUCAUGAUCCCAUUCAACAAGUCAGGCUGAAGAGACUAGCGGACCUGCUCGAAGAUCCAAUGGAUCACCCGACCUCGCGGACCAGCUCCCCUGCUCCAGAGAGGAAUUCAAGCUCUCCGAUAUAA